AUGAACAGUGACCGUACGGAAAGUGAACCCCAACCGGGGCCUUCUAACGCGAACGCAUCACCGCAACCGGUAGCAUCCUCGCAGCCACGGGCGACAGCCAAUCCCUGGAAUUUUCUUAUGCUCAACGCCAUACGUACGUACGCGACAGUGAACGGUAUUCCUAAUGCUAACGAAGUGCCACGCGAUGAACUCAUCAGCGCACUCCAGGCUAGAGGCGCAACGCCCCUCAACAUCAUCCUCGGGUCCCCGCCAGACUACCAAACGGGACCGGGGUCCACAGAACUGCUAGCACGCUCGUUGCUGCGCAGACGCGUGGAUUACCCGCACCAGUCGCCCAACGAAAGUAUCGAAAUGUACCUCAGACGACUCGAAACCGCCUUCAAACACGACGGAAUGCCCAACUUCACCAAGGUCGACUGCAUAAUCGGGCAUUCCCAGCCCAAGGUAGCGGAAGCAGCACAACUGCUGUACGACCAAGGAUACGAGGAUUACGACGUCAUCGCGGAGAAACUCAAAGCCAGGUUUGGUCUAUCACCAUUUGAACACUUUACCAGGUUUCAGCAGUUUCGACCGGCAUCCGACGAGCUCUUCUCACAGUUCGGUCCACGCCUACGUGACGAAUACCUUCGAUAUCUCGCCUUGCCACCCACCGAGGUCGGGCUACAUGAGACCGCAAUCACGCGGGCCCUCAUCGGACAGCUCCUGUCCAUCACUACCGGUGGGCUCCACGCCCAACUACACGCACGGGCGACAGCCGACCGUUCCCUCACGUGGGACGAAUGCUUGGCGAUAGCCGACGAAUACAGACGGACACACCCGGCACCACCGAAGCCGGCCGCAUCACCGGCACCGCAAUCACCCGCCAACCGCCCACCCAAGACGACGGCAUCCGGGGUAACCAAAUACUACUGCGAUAAUCAUCAGCGGACAUACCGCAGCAACGUGUCCGGGAAACGGGAAGAUCGGGCAGUGACGGCUGUCCUCUGCUCGAUCCCCACGCCCACAGACGACAGCCUGACCAUCAUCAUCACUAUCAAAAACAAACGGGUGACCNGGGUGACCGCCCUGAUCGACACCGGAGCGACAAAAUCGUUCAUGGCGACGGACGUCGCCGAGGAAGUCGGCCUGUCUCCGCAUCCGACCCAAGCGAGGAUAUCCGCAGCGGUUCUUCACGUAUCGACGACCGUCAGUCACGCAGUGAGUACCGUUUUUACUCUUGGAUCGGCCGCGUACGAAGCCACCUUCUUACUACUCUCCAACGCGCACUACCCUGUUAUACUCGGGCUCGACACGUUGAAGAAUCUCCCUUUCUGCGUCACCCUCGACGGCCAGCGAGUUUUUUCCGGAUUCCAACAGAUUAAACCCAUCAAUGAAGCCCCAACAGCGCCGAUAGGCCAGGGCAUUACGUUCAUCCAUGGAACGCCUGCCGAGCAACAGCAGGUCGCAGCACUCCUGCGGCGCUACGCACCCAACAUUUUUCAGUGGAGCGGUAAACACGGGCUCUUCCCGCAGCACGUGGCAUCGCUACCCACCAACGGGGAGGACCCCGAACCCAGUCGUCGCAUACGGCUCUCGCCAGACAAGCGACCAUCGUUCCAACACAUCAUCGACAAUUACACCCGCGCGGGUAUCAUAGAACCGGCCCAGUCCACCCUGGGGUCGUUCGAGAUCAUCCAUUCGGACGGCGCAGCGGUCUUCUCAUCCGCCGCAUUCAAACGAUUCACCAAGGCGAACCAAAUGGAAGUGCACAUCGCACAACCAUAUCACCCGGAGGGCAACGGCGCCUGCGAACGUACAAUCAAGUCCCUAACCGCCAUCCUCGCCAAAACCGCGCCAAACGCAACAUCAUGGGACCAAGUCCUGUAUGAAGCCACCAUGGCAUACAACCGGACGCCCCACUCCACCACCGGAUUGUCACCACUAGAGCUGUGGCACAAAAAACCAAUGCCGACGCCAGCAGACAUCAAAUUCAAAGCCCCGCCCAGGGACAUUUCCGAACAACUCCAAGCGGUACAACAAACCGCUCAAAACCGCCGCAAUCAAUACAUCCAGCAAGCAAACAAACGAAAAUUGCCGCCGUUCCACGCGGGGCAAAUGGUAACGCUGCGUCCGCGGCUCAAAACCACCGAACGCCAUGCGGCGCAUCGCCGGUUUCUGCCCAAACGCUACGGGCCCUUCAAAGUCCUUCGCUAUCAAGGCAAAGGGACGUACGUCAUCGCGACCAAAAACGGGCCACAACUCGCAAACGCCUGGGAGCUCCAAAAAUACUCGUUUCCGACCGCCCCCCCCGAGACAUGCCCUGAAAGAAUACGACCGGCACCUAACACAAAAUUCUCUCCUCCACAGAACGACGAAGAUCGCCCUCGCUUUCGCCUAGGGUACGAGACCGACGACGACUCCGAUCACCCGCACGACCCGCACGGGCCAGCCGAACCAGACGAACACCAGAGCGACGCCGAGAACGCGACUCACCAGAGCGACAGCAACCACGUCGCCCACGGCGCACAAGUUCCCCAAGAGAACUGUUCAUCACCUGCACAUGGGACCAACCACGCCGCCCGCAAUCGGACAGACCAACGUCUACCAAGUCCCAAUCAAAUGCGACCGUCACCCGUGUCCAGCGAAGAACUUCUCCUACCCGAGAGCGUCGCCGAACCCCCGUCGCCACAACCGCAACCGGACAUCACAGCGGCAAGAAGCGCCGCUGGUUCCAGCUCUCCCCAUCGCCAACCACGUCAUCCUCAUCAGCCGAUGAAACGGAAAAGGACAUCAAGCCGCCAAGCGUCACGCUCGCGCAACCACUCAGUGGACAGGGGCCCCUCACCGACGAGGACUGAGGAAGACAUGUCAACAUUUGGCCUCGCGAACGCGCAUCAUCGGCAUCGCCCCAAACGACGGCGCCGGCGCCCAACGCGCUACCACAAUCAGUGGCCUCCGCCCCCAGAUUUCUUUCGCCGCCGCCGGCACCUUUCUUUUUCAGGGGGGGGAGAGUAA